UUUGACUUGUCGAACGCAACUAGUGUUAUUUGCAUAUGUAUGUAUGUACAUAUGUUGAUAGAUAAAAGAACACAGACUCAAACAACAAACGAUAAUGUGAUAAGAUUAAAUAGUACGGAUGAUCGUAUUACCCUCAACGAUAGAGAAUAUAAUUUUUGAAUUUCAAAACUCAUCUGAUGAAAGAAUAGCAACAAGUAUAGUGCUGGGAUUGUUCGCAUUGAACUGCAUUUUUAUCCUUUGACUGCAAACCUUAUAAUAGGAGAAAAUGAAUAACAAUUCAGUCACGAAUGUUUUAUCGACGUGGAGUGCUUCUAAUAAUAGCUGUACAUACUGCGGUGAUGGCGAAAAAAUUUUAGCUAUGUGUGUCUUAGGUUUUGGCAGCGUUUUGUCUGGAAUGCUACCAGCUAUUAUAUCCGACCGCAGUAGUAGACGUUAUCCUCUAACCACAUCAUUUUUAUUAUGCUUCGGUGCAGGCAUAUUGUUGGCUACCGCGCUAGUACACAUUUUACCAGAGGUACGGAAGCAGAUGGACUCAAAUUUCGCAGAAAUUGCAAUUUGUGGAGGAUUUUUCAUUAUAUAUUUCAUUGAUGAGUUCAUCCAUUACUUUUUCGGUGAAGCAAUACAACAUACUCACUCUCAUAGCGGCGGACACGGGAGAACUACCAGUCAUAAUUAUGGCGCGUUGAACAAUGACACCACUCCACUUUUAACUGAUGACCGUAAUCAUUACAGCAGUAACAACCACGGGGAACAACAAAACAAUGAUGAGUCAACACACCAGCCACAUUUGCAUAACAACACAACACAGUGUACGGACCAAGCUAUUAUUGCGGAAGCGAACGCGCGAAUAUGUCACACAAGCCAUGAGGAACCCUGUGUCGAGUCCAUGACAGGCACUCUAGGACUUUUUGUGGCUCUGUCUAUACAUUCAGCAAUCGAAGGUCUUGCUAUUGGUGUACAAAAUUCGGCAGCAAAGGUGCUUUUUCUGCUCGGUGCCGUAGCCUGUCAUAAGUUUGUUAUGGGCUUUUGCCUAGGUUUGGAAUUUCGUUCCAAUUCGCAAACGAGCCUUCGCAAACAUUUCAUCGGCAUAUUGGUGUUUGCAUUGGGUGCUGUUUGCGGGAUUGCUGUUGGCAUGAUCAUAGUGGAUAUACCCUCUAAUUGGUCUAGUUCCGUAUUGUCCAUUGUACAGGGCCUCGCUGGAGGAACAUUACUCUAUGUAACCGUUUGCGAGGUCAUACCCAGGGAAAAGGCGCGUUGGCAUCAAAACGUAACGAGAAAGGCGGCAGGUUUCGGUCAAUUCUUGGCAGUCGUUAGUGGUUUUUCCAUAAUGACUGUCAUUAAUUAUUAUCUAAAAGAUGACGACAGCUAAUCGAAGAAAUUUUCCAUAUUACAUAUAAGCGUGUUCAGCAGGUGUUAAUCUCCAAUAUGCAUAUAUGUAUGUACAUAAACUCCUGACUAUAAGCAAUAAUAAUGUUCUUUUAUAAGUAUAUGUAUGUAUGUACGUUUAUUGUAGACAACAUAAAUAUGUAUUUACAUCAUGUAUACUAUACAUCAUAUUUUAAGCAUAUUGCUCAAAGAAAUCAUUGUGAAACAAUGGUAAUCUACUCAAUGUUAUUUAAGAAUAAAAUGUCUCAUUUCUAUAUACUAAAAUACUUAAGCUAUACUAGAAAAACCGUACAUGAACUACUAAUGAAAGUUGCAAUUGGUUACGGGCGAAAAUGUUCCGCAAAUAUUACUAUAACCGUAAGUUAGGCUCCAGUGUAAAGUUUUUAAACCCGCUACCGUAAUUUCAGUUGCGUUGAAGGAAUUAUGUAAGU